AUGGGAGCACCUGCUGGCCGCACCGUUUAUAUCGGCAAUGUUCCACCGGAGAGCUCAAUCGAGGAGGUUUUGAACCUGGUCAGGAGCGGUCUUGUGGAGAGCGCUCGACUUCUGCCCGAAAAGAACUGCGCCUUUGUUUCUUUUGUCGACACGAAUGCUGCUGCAGUCUUCCAUCGCGUGGCCAACUCGCACAAGUUCAACAUUGGAGGACGUGAUCUCAAGGUCGGCUGGGGUAAACCAUCGCAGGUGCCUCCUCUGGUUCUUCAAGCUGUUCAGCAGGGGGCUACCAGAAACGUCUUUUUGGGCGGCAUUGACGACUCGGUCACGGAACAGGGAUUGCGCGAGGACUUUUCCGAGUUUGGGCAAAUUGAUACCGUCAAGAUCUUGCGGGAGAAGAACAUUGCCUUUGUGCACUUUACAAGCAUCGGUAAUGCCAUGAAGGCGGUCUCGGCCUUACCUCACGAUCCUCGAUACGCUGGACGCCGCGUCAACUAUGGCAAGGACCGAUGUGCCAAGAAUAGUACAGUAGGAGUCUCUGGCGGAAUGCCCAAUAACUUUACGUUUGGUACACCUGGAUUCGCGGGCUACGGAUCAUCGAUGCCAUUCAAUCCAACCUUUGACGGGUUUUCAGCAGCAUUGACGGCAGAGGGCAACCGGACGAUCUAUCUUGGCAACAUUAGUGACGAGACAACAUGCGAGGAGCUCUGCAACAUCAUUCGUGGCGGCAUUCUCAGUAAUAUCCGCUAUCUUCCACAGAAGCACAUCGCCUUUGUCAGCUUCUUGGAUCCCCAGGCGGCUACCAACUUUUACAACAUCGCGACUCAAGGACUCGUACUCAACGGACGCACAUUGAAGGUCGGCUGGGGCCAGAAUGCGCAUGCACUUCCGCAUCAAGUCAUUGAAGCAGCGCAAAGAGGUGCCACACGUAAUGUUUACCUGGGAUCGAUUAACGAAUCGUUUACAGAGGACAGGCUGCGACAGGACUUUGCCGAGUUUGGCGAGAUCGAGCUCGUGAACCUGUUGAAGGAGAAGAAUUGCGGAUUCGUCAACUUUACCAACAUUUUGUCAGCGGUCAAGGCAGUUGAAAAUAUUCGCCACAACCCCUCGUAUGAGACCGUCAAGGUCAGCUAUGGACGGGACCGUUGCGGUAACCCACCAAGGCCUCAGCGGCAAUACAACAGGCAGUCGAACGGAAACAGAUACAAUUCUGAGAAUGGCAGUGAAGGCGACCUGCCGGAUAUUGGAUCGGACUCGGUAGCCAAGAUCAAAGACACUACCUCCAGGCUGGAGGACUCUGCCAGCGAUAUCAAGGCCUUUGAGGAGGACGAUGUGAUGUUUCAGGUUGGCGUGUGA